AUGGAUCUAAAUGUAGAGAUAGUGGAGAAGGCAGAGGAGGACAAUGGGUUUAGGCGAUUCAACAUCGUUUCGAACGACUCCGACCACCACUACGUCAAACUCAACAAGACUGCGACCAACAACGCCGACUGCUUUAGUAAUGCAACGAGUGGCAUUUACACAAAGAUCAUGCAGGAGUGGAAGAUUCUCAAGAAUAAUCUUCCCGAUUCGAUUUUCGUGCGUGUCUAUGAAUGGAGGAUCGACCUUCUCCGAGUGGUGAUUGUCAAUGUUGCGGGGACGCUGUAUCACGAUGGUCUCUUCAUCUUUGGUCUCGCAUUUCUUCCUGAUUACCCCACGCAUCCCCCGCAGGUCCAUUACUGCUCAUUCGGUCUUCAAUUGAACCCUAAUUUGUAUGCAAAUGGGCGGCCGCCUCAAGAUUCCCCACCUGUCAUUGGAAUAAGUCGAAGAUUGACAUUAGGCAAAGAGGACAAUCCAAAGUUAGGAGUGAAUUGGCUCUACCGACCUGUUGAUAUAAAGCUUGUAAAAAGAAGAGUGUAUGAUACUGAGAACAAGUGUUUAUGGUGGUUAACUGACAAAGAUUACAUUAAUGAACGAUAA